UGGUUGCGCCACUGACAUAAUAUUAUUCUAUUAGAUUCAAGUAUUAUUAAUUUUAAUAGUAUUCCAUUCGCACUCGAACAUUGUAAAUAAUAAAUAUACGUAUGUAUGCAAUAUAAUUCUAAAACAACAACAACGGAACUAUACUAUACCCACUCUAAUAACGAUGAAUCGAUACGUUUGCGAAACGCUAUAACGGCUGCAGCUUUUGUGUUAUGCACGGCGAAUGUGCAGUUGCUGAUAUGGAAACGAAAUUUUUAAUUUGUCAAAAUGUCGGUUACCUCCGCGAAAACGGCUGCACAUAAAUAGCGUCCUGAAAUAGAAAAAACAAACGGACAUGUAUCGCACGAUGAGUGGACCCCUGUUGCAGGUAAGAAGUCGGAAAGGCGGAGGGAAAAUUUAAUGUAUAUCUGUACGCAAAGAUUCAUUAUUGUUAACGAAAAUCGAUUCUGAACAAAGUUCGGUUAAACAUGAUUUGAAAGUCCGUAAUAUUUACGAUUUGAAAAUAAUUCAAUAGUUCGUACAUUUUCCCGUUUUUUUACCAUUUAUCAUAAAAAAAACUCCGGGAAAAUGAAAAAAUCAACACCUUUAAGUACCACCCUAGUUAGAUUUUCUUUCGGAAAAUUUGCUACACUUGAAAAUCACAGUAAAAUUUUUGGUUGAAAAGUUGUUCACAGAUAUAAAACAUAAUAAUAAUAAAUUAAUAUCAUUGUAAAACCUAUACAUUCCUCAUUCAUCUAAACUGACGUUAUAGAACGUGUAAAUGAUUAUAAUCAUAUUAAAGAUGCCGGUGAAUUAUUCAAUUGACAAAUAAUCUAAAUAAUAAUAGAGUAAGAGAAUAAGACUAAUAAUCAGCUAAAGCGAAAUUAUUUAAAUUUUUCAAUUGCGUAUAACAGCGACCAAAAUCAAUAUUUUUAACCGAUACCAAUAUAAAUGAGUUUCUGUUUACAGUCCUAAAAAUAAUUCUCUACAAAAACUGUAGAGAAAAUGAUGUUUUUACGUCGGGACGCAAUUCGAAUUAAAAAGGGAUCGCGGGACGCAAUUCGUUUGCCGAGGAGAAAACGACAAUAUACACCAUAUCGUUUCAAUAAUAAUGGAAUUUGACGGUCGGUCUCAGUCAGGGACGUAGUGCGUAGACCGAUCUGCGCAAGGGUGUAGAACUUGAGGUUAAACUCAGAGGCUUUGUACAUAUAAUUUUUUAAUUGCUGAUAAUAUCCAAUAGAUAUAAUCGCGUUUGUGAUAAAUAAUACACGUAAAUAUAGAACAAUUAUGCAAUGUACGUUAGUAAAUAAAAAAAAAAAAAAAAAUCAUUAUUGUGUAAAAGUAACGGACAAAUAAUCAAGAACGAAUAAACAAUAAAAAAAAAAGACAGACAUACUUCGCACGUGGGUGCAGCCGCUUUUGUAGGUGGGGAAGUUGAAAAGGUAGAAACACAGACGGGAAUUUAAUGUAUAUCUGUAAGCAACGAUAAACCAAUGCUAACGAAAAAACGAUUCUGAGCAAAGUUCAGUUGAUAGUGUUGCUUUGUCAACAAUAUAAGUAUCAUAUUAUGGUAAAAUGAUUACAACAAUGUGCGUUUCCGUGGCAAAAAUGAUUGUUUAAAAAAGAUUUAAAACAAUAAAAACUUAAUAAUAACAAACAAUAAAUAAAAACGGUUGCCAACGAAAACCUUAUUUUUAAUCUUUCAAUCUUUUUUAACCUAUGGAACCAGGUUUUUCCUAUUAUCCCGAAUAUUAAUGAGAAUUUCCCAUGAAUGACCCAUUGAAAGUACCACCCGGAGAACAUUUCCUCUCGGAAAAUGUGCUGUACUUGAUAAUCGGAAUAUGGUUUCUCUGGUGGAAAAAGUGUUGACAUAUAUAAAAAAAAAAAAAAAAAAACCUAACAUCUUUGUAAAACCAAAACAAAACGUUUGAAAAUCUACCAGGAGACAUGGUUCCGCGGAGAGGGGGAAUCGACUGUACCCCGCACUACGGUCCCGUUAAUUUUUAAGAACCCCCCCCCCCCCGGGUCUCCGCGCGCGUUAUAACAGAGACGUCGGAUUCGCCGCAGCGGUCAAAAGACAACCGUCCGAAAACAAUAAUAACAUAAUCGCCGCCUCGUCGGCAAAUCGAUCGGGCACCGUGUACAACGAUCCCGUUGCAAAAUAACAAUAAUAAUAACAACAACGCGGGUCGAUAUGAUAACGGAACGAAAAUAUGAUGCACGAGUGUUACUGCGGAGAGCUGGUAAAACGCGACCGUUAUCUAAUCUCCUGCACGCACGGGUGCGUAUAUAAACACGACGCCAAACCCGAGAAGCAACAAUACGGCACAAGCUGUUGGUAUAAUUGCACACGCAUCGUCUUGACAUCACGAGAGACACGCGAAUAGCCAUAUCGCCUUGCACCGAUUGUACGAGAACAUUUUUCUUCCGUUUGUUUCGAUUUUCGAACCUCGCGAAUUCACCGGGCCGUUUUGUAACUAUACGCAAAACGACAAACCGCACACCACCGACAACCCCCGAAAACGACAAAUUUAUCGAUUUCGAUAUUUCCCGACGCACGACACCGCACUCAAACACACCACCAUGAUUUCGAGCGACAACGAAGUGAUCGCCGGCGGCAACAGCGGCGACAGCUUGAGCGACCUGCUGGCCGGUUCGCUGGCCGGCGUGGCCGUGGUGCUGAUCGGCCAACCGCUGGACACGGUCAAGACCAAACUGCAGACGUUCGGCGGCCUGUACACCGGGCCCUCGCACUGUCUGAUGCACACGUACCGCAAGUCCGGGUUCCGCGGGCUGUACGCGGGCACGGGGCCCGCCAUGCUGGCCGGCGUGGCCGAGAACUCGGUGCUGUUCGCGUGCUACGGCCUGUGCCAGCAGAUGGUGGCCACGAUCACCCAGGCGCACGACCCGAAGCAAAUGGACACGUUCAGCAACGCGGUGGCCGGUUGCGCCGCGUCGUUCUUCUCGUCCGUCGUACUCUGUCCCACCGAGCUGGUCAAGAUCAAAUUGCAGGCCGGCCGGGAAAUGGCCGAGGCCCGCGGACAACGGUUUCGCGGUUCCGUCUACCAAAUCACCAAGGCAAGUAUUUUUUUUUUUUUUUUUUUCCGCAAUAACCUAACCCUAAGAUUAUCGCGGAAAAUAAUUGUAAUUUAGCCCAUAAGUAUUAUUAUUAAAAAAACUUUCGUGGGCGUUGUUUUUACGAAUCUCGCGCGAUACGCGAAAAACGAAUACGGAAUUAUUUUUUUUUUUUUUUAACCCUCGGCACGUAUCGUUACAAUAAUGCGAAAAAAUUAGAGAGAAAUAAAAAAAAAAAAACCCCGAUGAAUGAACUGUUUAAUCAAUAAACCGAUAACGAUAAACGCUGUAGGCACGCGAACCGCGACGGCGGUCAAAUAGCGAGUCGCGAACGCGGGUAACGGUUGUGUUUCAGUAACGCGACCGGUUGACCGUUGAACCGCUCGAAUUACAUCGUUCGACUAGAUAGUUUUCUCUUUAACGAUUUGUGUACAAAACAAUGCGUGACUAAUUGUUGCGAUACAAUGUUGUGGAUUGAGAAAAAAAAAACAACAUUUUCUACGGCUAUAAUAUUUUUUUAAUACUCGCGUUACUCGAAUCACGGGAGAAAAAACGAAACGGGUUGAUGAUUUUUUUUUUUUUUUUUUUUUUUCUCCCAAUCAUUAUCACCUGUAUCGUAAAUUAUCGAGUAGANAAAAACGAAACGGGUUGAUGAUUUUUUUUUUUUUUUUUUAUUUUCUCCCAAUCAUUAUCACCUGUAUCGUAAAUUAUCGAGUAGAUCGGAAUAUGCCAAUGGAUAGCCCCAAAACGGUUUCGGAAAAAAACCUGUUCCUGCGUGUUUUUUCCCCCGCAGGCGGUGUUUAUUUGUACGUGUUUUUUCACUCGAUACGGUAGGUACCUUAUAAUAUAACUGCUCAUGGCUUUUUUUUUCUUUUUUUUUUUAUUAUUAUCGGCCUCUCCACACUUCUCUGUCGUUGGCUAAAUCCUCGCCCAGCAUUUGCAGGUCACUCCUGACUCGGUCUGCCCAUCUCUGUCUUGGCCGUCCUAGACGCGUUCGUUUCUUUUUCCUAUCUACCGGAUUGUUUGACUCUGUGCUCUCCAUAUUGACAAUGUCAUUAGGUAAACGUUAAAAUAUCUAAUGUAAUAAUAUGGUAGGUAUCCUGUUCAAUACGCGGGUCGCCACAGCGGGGGUGAUAACUUAAAAUCAGUGUUCAAAUGAACCAACAGAACGUGGUUGGAAAAAAAAAAAAUAAACAAUAAUCGAAUUUACUGGUCCGAGAAAAUCCGCGAUAAACAAAAACGCUGCGUAUUGUACGUAUAAUAUUAUUGUAUUCGAUAUCGUAAGCGCGAUCUACCGGCGCAUAAGUCAAACUAUAUGUCCUGAUAAAUAUGGCUAAAAAAUGAAAGAGAGUAAUUUAUUACUACAAUAAUUAAUAAUAUUAUUCGAAACAGUAUUUUGCAUUAUUUUUCAUUUUUCAUUUUUUUUUUUUUUUUUUUUUCUAUUAAUUCCUAAAACAAAUAAUUAUUAUUAUUAUAUUUAACAAUAGUCCGUGUAAUAAUAACGGUGUUUAUCUUUCGUGUUACAGGAGAUCGUGAGGAACUACGGUUUCGGAGGCCUGUUCCGCGGACUGACGAUGACGGUGGCCCGCGAGAUGCCCAGUUACUUUUGCUUUUUCGGCGUGUACGAGGCGGUCCGGGAAGCGUUCAAACCCGUGGGCCGGACGCGGACCGAGUGCGGCCUGUUGGCCACCAUGGCGGCCGGGUCAAUGGGCGGCAUGGUCCUGUGGACGGUCACGUUCCCGGUGGACGUGGUCAAGUCGCGGAUACAGCUGAACGACGCGCUGCCCACCCGCGGCUGGAUGCUGUGCAUGUUGCGGAUGUACCGGGACGAAGGCGCGGCGUCGCUGUUCAGCGGCCUGGCGCCCACGCUCGUCCGGUGCGUCCCGUCGUCCGCCGUGCUGUUCCUCGUCUACGAGUUCACUAAAAAACAAUUCGAAUAACACGAAUACCCUCCCCUACCCCACCUAUGGUAUUAUUAUACGCGACAGCGAGUACCGCCGCGCCUAUAGAGGUACCGGCGCUCCGUUUUCGCGUAAAUUAAUCGCGUACAUAGGUACCUCCUACCUACUAUAUUUAAUUAUUAAUCAUGAUUAUUACCUACCUAUUAGUUUACUUGUUAUUAUUAAGCGAAUUCGCGGGCGCCGAGUACCGUGGGCCGGGCGCCGCGAUUAAAAAUAACACACGUGUUCGGGCAUGUAGCAACCCGCGAGAAACGGAAAACCCGACGCUCGAGCGUUUAAAAUCACUGAAAAAAAAAACAAAAACAAAAACCAAAAAAACCCCACUCGUUAAUUUUGUACGAUAUGCGUCGCAGCAUAUUUAUUAUUAUUAUUAUUAUUAUUAUUAUUAUUAUUAUUAUUAUUAUUAUUAUUAUUAUUAUUAUUAUUAUACUUACAUUUUUAUAUUUUACACCUAGGCACCAUAAAUAAUAUACUUGUAUAUAACUACCAUAAGUACCUAUUCUGAGUUAAGUAGCAGGUAUCGACUGUAUUACUCGCUGUAAAUGAUAUUAUUUAUUAUGUACGUAUACGCGCACAUUAAGUGGGCAGUAUAGGCAGUGCACACACUGUAUAAUAUUAUUGUACAUCGUUUAGAAUUACGGCUAUUUCGUAGAAUGGAAAAAGUUUUAAAAAAAAAAAAUAAGUCACUUUUUUAUAUUGUCCUAUUUGUGCUCGUACAACUACUACAGUAUUACAAAAAUUAAGCACUAUUAGUGUGUACUUAUUGUAUAAUAUACUUGUAUGUACUUUAAUUCAUCGAAUAUUUACUGCCUUUGCAUUAUAAAUUAAAAGGCCAUUAGGGUACUCUAUGAUAUUAUAGAUAAUAUAGAGUACUAUCUUAGACGUCGGGCUUUCUUUUUUCUUUUUCUUUUUUUUACUUUUUAUUUAUAUCGUUUUAAAAUGCAAAUAAUACCCAAUGUUUUUAAUAUUUUUCAAUAUCUUCGUACCGUAUAGGAUUUCGUAUAAGUGUCUACUCUAUUAUUUUUAUUAUAGUUCAUUACAGCCAUAUUACUAAAACGAAUAUAUUAUAAUAAUGCAAUAAUACAUUACCUACGUGUCUUUUUGUGUACUAGGUAUAUGAUGUUUAGUUUUUUUUUAUUUAUUUGUUAAACAUAAUAUUAUAUGAUUUUGUAUACGUGUAUUUUGUAUUUUUUAAACACUGUUUUAUUAUUAUUAAAAAUUAAAAUGUAACAUCAUCAUAUUGUAUUGUUUUCUCAUACACCUACUAAAUCUCAUGAUUAUUAUAUUUCGGGAAUCGGGCUAAAGUAAAUGCGUUUUAUGUACCUAUAAUAUGAAUAUUUGAUUUCGAAAUUUCUAGAUUAGACGAGUUCAAUUCUUUGUUCAAUUCAACGAUUCGCACUUUUAUUAUUUGUUAUUAUUUAAAAACUUAGCAAAUUAAAUGCUUAGAACUUAGUACUUGAUUUAUAUUAAUUAUUUUGACGAACUAUGAAAUUACUCCAGCUUGUCACAUGGCAUUAGAUAAAAAAUGUAAAACUCUAAUAUAAAACUGUAUAAACAAUAAAUAAAGUAAAAUAAAAUGAAAAACAAAACCAUGGUUUAAUAUAUCUGGCUAGAAAAAAAGAAUCAAAUAAAAAGCCAUUAAAUCGCUGAUGGACUGAUUGAAGAAGCAGACAAAAAAUUGACUGGUAGGCAUAGGUGGACCUAGAGUUUUACAAUUGAGUAUGCCCAGGCUUUUAUGUAGUUAUUUUUUUAGAAUAUAAAGGCGAAACUAUAAACAAAUUCAUUCGCAUUUUUCUUCCAUAAGACGGUGUAUAAAAUACAUACUUUAACAUUGACCGUUAAUUCCUGUUCACCACACAAUAACAUGAGUGAUUUCAGUCGAUCAUGUUUCAGGCCGGGCGCACAUUGAGACGCAGUGACGCUGAGCAGCGCAGCAUAGUUCUCUGUAAUCUGUUAGA